UAAUUUCUGACAUGCCAAUGUGGGGUUAGAAUUUCACCACAAGGAUACAUUUUAUUACGAUGUUUUCAAUUACCCUGUUCCUUAUACAAUAUAGACAGCAGCUUUAUGGCUGACAUGCCGUGAAUAUGAGUGCGGGGUAGGGUGAACCAGCCAGCUCCAUGUCUCCACGCAUGAUUAGCGCAGUAGCACUUUUGUCUGAGCUGGAGUACUGCGAAAAAAUAUAUUUGUCUUUUUGGCCGAUGCGAGUAAAUUGCAAAGGGUUGCUCUACUCCCUUGUACCUUCAACAUUCUUUCGCAGAAAAUCCCAGACCCCUCUUUACUUUUCGUAUGCCAUGGACCUGCAUAUCCUGUCUCUGAAGCGCUUCUUUGUCAUGCCUCGUAUACCUUGGACGUAUAUCGUAUUGUUUUCUUCGGCAGUGAUUCUGAUGGCGGUCUCAGUGCAUGCAGCCAGCGCACAAUGUGACUAUGCCCUGGACGGUCUGUGCCGCACACGGCAACCAAUGAAGCUGCAGAGGUUGGCCAGGCGCUUGGUGAAUGACUUGGGCAUGGCCGAGAUCUCAGUGCAGGAGGUGACUCUGGCCCUGGUAAUCGCUGCGGCUAGCGCUGCCUACGCCCUGUCGAGAGCGUAAUGACGAAUGAUUCUUGUAUAACAGCUGAGAUUAUGUAGGUUGGUGGAGGGAAGGGGCGAUCAAUAUUCAAUGUCGACCACAGUUCUAGAUUCCAGAUUCAUCUGCUGUUGAGUGGCCUGGGUAUAGGCGAGCUUGUCCCUGGAAAAAUAAACGUAACUAGACCACAUAUUGGAGCAUGUCUCGAAUUCCCAGC